AUGACAAAGCUUUUUGCAAUCCUCGUUUUCAUGCUUAGCUUUCUCAUCCUCAAAACCGAAUCAAAAGUUUCAAUCAGUGAGCAUGACUGCUCAAAUUCGAGCAUUUUCGCUCCAAAAAGCACCUAUCAGGCCAACCUCGACCGUCUCCUUGACUCCAUCUCCUCUCACGCCGACUCGAGAAGUGGAUACUUCAACACGAGUGAAGGGAAGCCAAGCGAUGAUGGCACUGUGUAUGGCAGAUUCCUAUGCAAGGGAGAUGUCACCAAGGAAGUGUGCCUGGAAUGUGUCAAAGCUGCUAGUGUCAGUAUCAAAGAGAAAUGUCCUAUGGUCAAAGCGGCCAUCCUCUGGUACGACGAGUGCAUGUUGCAGUAUUCGGACCAUAACUCCCUUUCAGCCAUGGACGAAGAGCAUCUUCUGAUCGGGUAUAAUCUGGAGAAUGUGAAAGAAAAGCCUGCUGAGUUCAUGAAUCAAUUGAACAAAACAAUGAAACAGUUGAUAACUCGGGCUGCUCAACGACCCGAUGAGAAGUAUGCCUUCAGUGAAUCAAGGAGCACUCCUCUAUACACAUUUGUCCAGUGCAGGCCUGAUCUCUCAGCGGCUCAAUGUGAAGAUUGCCUGCAGAAUGUGAUUUCGAUUCUCCUGACAAAUCAAACGGAGAAAAUCGGGGGCAGAAUCUUGCUUCCGAGUUGCUUCGCCAGGUUCGAGAAAUACCCGUUUCAAGCUUCGGCGAUCGUGCUACUUUGCGCCGUGCUCUGUUUUGCCCUCAAAAGAGAAACGAGGAAGAGAAACAAUGUCGAAGAAGAUCCAAUCGAGUUGAUGGCUCAUGGUUACUCAGCUGGAAGCGAAAUUUCCGAACUCCAUUCCCUGCAAUUUGAUGUGAGUGCAAUUGAAGCUGCAACAGGUUACUUCUCAGAUCAAAACAAAUUAGGGAAGGGCACACUCCCUUGUGGGAGGAAUAUUGCAGCUAAAAGGUUGUCUCAAAGCUCGAAACAAGGCACGCAGGAAUUCAAAAACGAAGUUGAAUUGGUAGCCAAGCUUCAGCAUAGAAACCUAGUGAGGCUAUUAGGAUUUGCCAUGGAAAGAGAAGAAACGAUACUGGUCUAUGAGCAUGUGCCCAACGGAAGCCUUGACCAGUUGCUCUUCGACCCUCAGCAAAGCAUACAAUUGAAUUGGUCGGCGCGCCACAAGAUCAUGGUUGGGGUGGCACACGGUCUUCUUUACCUUCAUGGAGAUUCUCGGCUCCAAAUUAUCCAUCGCGACCUCAAAGCUAGCAACAUUUUGCUCGAUGACAAUAUGAACCCUAAAAUCUCGGAUUUUGGUAUGGCUAAGAUUUUUGGUGCUGAGCAGACUCAAGGAAGAACAAACAGAAUUGUCGGAACUUAUGGCUAUAUGUCUCCUGAAUAUGCCAUGUACGGGCAAUUUUCAGUAAAAUCCGACGUGUUCAGUUUCGGUGUACUAAUGCUCGAGAUCAUAACUGGCAAGAAGAAUAAGUAUUCUUACAUAUCAGAUGAUGAUGCAGGCCUUCUUGACUAUAACGACAAAGAAGCACGACCUGCCAUGGAUACAAUUGUUCUUAUGCUUAGUAGUGCUGAUUCUGUUUGCCUCCCCGUGCCUGAACAACCAGCAUUCUUUGUUCCAAGUGUGAAGAACAAACAACAAUCUCAAGAUCCAAACUCGAAUGGAUCCAGCAAGAAGCUCAACAGCAGCAAGAUAGUGCCACAAUGUUCAGAGACCAGCAGUUGUCUUACUGAUGUGGCUCCUCGAUAA